AAAAGUGCUGAUGUUGUAUUGGCUAAGAGGUCUGUUUUAAUAAAUAUUUAUAAUUAGGGGAGAUAAAUACCCCAUGGCAAAGUCUCCCCGAGCUGCAGGACCAGGAGAGAUCUGCUGUGAGUCUGCGUGUCCCACACUGGUCCCUGUGGCCUCUCUUCUCCAUGGCCCCCCUGGCUCAGACCCUGGCACUGCUGGCAGUGACCGUGGCCACUGCGGCCAUCACGGUGGUGCCCCUGGACAUGGCCAAGAACUCCUUUGAUGACCAGUACCUCGACUGUAGGGAUGAAAUGACUGAGAAGUUGCCAGAACUCAGGAGCUCUGAUUUCCUCAAGAAUGACAAUUUUUCCCGGGCCUGGGUGAGUGCUGUGGCUGUGUUGCAGGAACGAGGUUUCAGUUCACCCACUCUGACCAAAGACCAGGCCAUCGCCCUCAUGGUCUACACAAUGAAGUUCGUGUAUAGUGACUUCAAUAAAGUCGUGCGCACAGCUGGAAAGUCCAGCCGGGAAUACCGGGAAAACUUCCACUUUAAAACGCUGCAUUUCCUGCUGACCGACGUCCUCCAGAAGCUGAGAAGCCCUAAAAAGUGUCUGGACGUGUUCCGGGGGGUGAGGGAUGUCCAGUUCAAUGUGAAAGUUGGUGAUAAAGUCCGCUUCGGUCAAUUCGCUUCGUCGUCGCUGGACAAAACAGUGGCCCAGGGUUAUGGGACAGACACGAUGUUCGAGGUGCGCACGUGCCAUGGCGUGGACAUCCAUGAUUUCUCCUUCAGAAAAUAUGAGCAGGAGGUGCUGAUCCCACCCUUCGAGAUCUUUGAGGUCACCAAAGUCAACACGGAAGGAAGCACGAUGAACAUUGGGCUUCGCUCCACUGGGACCCUCAGCAAAUACAACUGCGAGUGGCUGCGAGGUGGGAGCCUCCCCAGGAACUCCCCCCACCUUGGGGGGCUUCUCCUGGCUACCGUGGCCAUGGCAGUGGCCAUUGGAACCCUCUAAGCCACGAGGCCACAAAGGUCACUGUGGUCUUGGUGGCCACUGUGGAAGAC